UGAUGAUGGCAAGUGAUGGCUUAAGAAUUCUACAACAUCUCAUUGUGAACUGGAUAAGUAUAGUUCAACAAAGAUGUUGGUGGCAACUGAUGGCUGUGUUUCUGCUGCAGCGAGACAUUUUUACCCUUCACUGUGUUCCCUGAGCCACCAGAGAGUAUGUUGCAACAAAUUGAAAGCAUCCUCUGCUAAGUUUACCACGACAAAUAGAAAUGUCGCUAGAAUUAGCGGAACAAUAAGGGCAGCAGCGGAUGGCGAUAUAUCUGCACAGAGGCCCUCCCCGGUCAAAGAAAAUACUUUGCAGACAGUGGCUGUGGAGAAGGAUGGUAUAUCGGUAGAGGGCGUUAUCCAAUUUGAUAAACAACAACAACCUCCUUGGAGAAAAUGGAGACGUGUUGCUGUUUUAGCAGGGGGUGAUAUAUUGGGACUACUGAUAUUUUCUGCGAUUGGAAGGAUGAAUCAUGGUAUGCCCGUUUUAGACUGGGAAACACUUCACACAGCUGACCCUUUUGUUGCAGGAUGGCUUCUUAGUGCAUACUUUCUUGGUGGCUUUGAGUCUGAAGGCUUGGGAAUGAGUGGUGCACUAAAAGCUGCAGUUAUAGCAAUCAAGUCCUGGGCUAUAGGUAUUCCGAGUGAUAUUGACGCAUUUGGAGCUGAUGAUCCUCCUACACCCGACAUGCUAGAUACCGAGGUAAGAGCCAUCGAACCCGCCGAACCUGAUAAUCAAGUGGAGGAAGGAGAGAUUCCAUCCAUUCAGGGGCUGGAGAUGCAUGAACCCACCCAAUAG